AUGCAUUCACAACAGACUGUCUGCAUCCAGGCUCACGUGCUCACAGCCGUAACGACAAUCCUGCCAUCGUUCUCAAUGAGAACUCCGGAUUGGCCUCACAUUAGAAAAUUGAGGUUGGCGGACAAUGAUUUCUUGACACCACGACCAGUCAAUUUAAUCAUUGGAGCGGAUUUCUACGGAAGGAUCAUCAAGCCAAAUAUCAUCAAGGGCUCACCAACAACACCAAUUGCUCAACUUUCCAUUUUUGGAUGGCUCGUCGUUGGCCCAGUCAACGAAUCACAUUCAAACACUCAUUAUUCACAUUUUGCAGUUGCUCAAGACGACCAGAGCAAUCUGCAAGAGCUGCUCACCAAAUUCUGGGUUCAAGAGGAAUCACCAAUGGAUAUUCCAAGCACGCUCACUCCGGAGGAAGAAGAAUGCGAAUCACAUUUCUGUGCGACUCACACUCGUGAUCACACUGGAAGGUACAUCGUUCGCAUUCCACUCAAGGCACCAGCAUCGCUCUUAGGCAAUUCACACAAGAUUGCUCAAAGAUGUCUACAAAGCACUUUGCGACGACUCUCCAAGGAUUCAACAUACAACCAGCUCUACUUCAAGUUCAUGAAAGAGUACGAAGAAUUAGGACACAUGGUAAAGGCUCAAGAUCACCAAAGAAUUUCAUCAAGAGAAGCUGAGAACGUUGGGCCUGAUGGGGAGAUGACCUUGGCACAUGAUGCUUCGGCAUCAGGAGGGUUGAGGGUCUCUUCUGACGGUUCAACACCUCAGACCUCUGCUCAUCUUCAACCAUAUUAUUUGCCUCACCAUGGAGUUCUACGUCUCGACAGUUCAACAACGAAGCUCAGGGUUGUAUUCAACGGAUCAAAAGCUACGACAUCAGGCAAAUCAGUCAACGAUUUAAUGCAUACUGGUGCUAAUUUGCUCUUGAAUGUUACAGAUGUUCUAAUUUGGCUUCGCCAUUAUUACCACAUUUUUGCCACAGACAUCACAAAAAUGUAUCGCCAGGUAGCAGUUCACAAGGAUGAUUGGCAUCUCCAGCGAAUCCUUUGGAUCGAUGAAGACCACAAUGUCAUCCCUUACCAGCUCACAACUGUCACGUACGGUACAAAGGCGGCUCCCUUCCUGGCGACACGAGCACUCAUGCAACUUGUUCACGAUGAGGGUCAUCGAUUCCCUCUGGCAACGCCUUCGCUCACACAUGGCAGAUAUGUGGACGAUAUUUUUGGAGGAGCAGACUCAAUCUCGGAACUUGUGGAGGUCGCUCAACAGCUGAUUGCAUUGUGCAACGCGAGCGGAUUUCCACUCGCAAAAUGGCAUGCGACUCACCCAGAUCUUCUACGGGCUGUUUCGUCAUCCACACAAUCGUCAGCUCCCAUAUCAUUUGACGACUGCACUACCAAAUUACUCGGAAUUCAAUGGAUGCCUCAAACCGACAAUUUUGGCUUUUCAUCCACGAUCACAGAUCAACCAAGUAAGUGCUCAAAACGCCUCGUAUUGUCCGAAGUGGCUCGGAUAUUUGAUCCAUUAGGUUUCGUCUCACCGGUAAUAGUACGAGCAAAGAUACUAUUGCAAGAACUCUGGCUACACAAAAUCAAUUGGGACGAUCCAUUACCGUCUCAAAUUGCAUCACGAUGGUUCAUCAUCAGAGAAGAUCUCAACAGCUUGGCCAAGCUAUCGAUCCCAAGAUGGUUCAACACAUGGAGCAAUUCAAUUGUCGAAAUUCAUGGAUUCUCUGAUGCUUCUCAACUUGCCAUGGCAGCGGUGAUUUACAUCACCGUUAGCUCUCCGUCCAACGACUCAAUGACGUCACUUGUCUGCUUCAAGACAAAAGUUGCACCACUGAAGAGGCUCACAAUACCAAGAUUGGAGUUAUCUGCCGCACUCCUAUUGGCAAAACUCACAAAAUAUGUUCAAUCAACGCUCAAGGUGAAGAUCAAUGCAACGCACCUGUGGACGGACUCUCAAGUUUCGCUCAUAUGGAUCAAAUCGCAAGCAUCAUGUUGGAAGGAUUAUGUUCGGAACAGAGUCAUUCAGAUCCAAGAACUCACUCCAAAUGCGCAUUGGAGGCAUGUUCCAGGUACUUCUAAUCCAGCCGACUGUGCUUCCCGAGGCAUUUCGACAGAUCAACUUCAACGAUUCGAGCUUUGGUGGAAAGGUCCUCCCUGGAUGGCUCGAAAUCAAGAUCAUUGGCCAGAGCAAAAGGAAUUCUCAACUCUAAACAGCGAGCUCGAAGUGAGAUCCAAUGUCUCACUCUUUGCUUCAGCUCAAAAGCUAAGUUAUCAUUGGGAUCUCAUUUACAAAUAUUCAUCUCUUAUUAAGCUGUAUAGAUUGACUGCACUUUGUUUCAGGUUUGCCUCACGGCUUAAGAGAAAGCUCGAAACUCCUCCUGUGAUCAUCAUACCAUCCUGCGAAAUGGAGAAGGCGCAGCUCUUCUGGAUUCACGCGACUCAACACUUGUAUUUCACCAGCGAAAUCAAGACGCUCAACUCAGGCUCAACCUUGCCUGCAACUCACCCCUUCAGUCGCCUCACCGCCUUCAUCGAUUCACAGGGAACAAUACGAGUAGGAGGAAGACUCACAAACACUGCGCUCAGCAGGGAUGAAAAACAUCCAGCGAUCCUCCCACGGGACGCUCACCUGUCGAAGAUCAUCAUUGAAGAUGCUCACAAGCGAACAUUUCACGGAGGAACGCAGCUCACGCUCGCAUACAUUCGACAACGGUACUGGAUCAUCGGUGGCAGAGCUCCUGUAAAAUCUCACAUUUUGAGAUGUGUCGUGUGUGCUCGUCAGAGGGGGAUUCGUGCUCGUCAGAUGAUGGAUCAACUACCUCUCUGUCGAGUCACACCAUCACGACCAUUCGCUCACACCGGUGUCGAUUAUGCAGGACCGAUCACAAUGAAAAAUUCAAAGGGGAGAGGCUCGAAAACAAUCAAAGGAUGGAUCUGCGUGUUCCCUACAGAAGAUUCUCAUCACGAAAAGGGAUCGCACACAAGUUGUACUCUGACUGUGGAGCACCGACAGAUCGCAUCGAUUCUGUCAGCUGACAGCACUCAAUGGAUGUUCAACCCACCAGCUGCUCCUCACAUGGGAGGAAAAUGGGAAGCUGUGGUGAAAUCAAUCAAGUACCAUCUCAGGAGAACAAUUGGUGAGCUCUUACUAACAUUCGAAGAGUUUUCCACUCUCCUCACACAGAUCGAAGCGGUGCUCAACUCAAGACCAUUGGAGCCGCUCAGUGACGAUCCCGACGACAUCUCUGCGCUCACCCCAGGACACUUCCUCAUCGGUUCAGCGCUCAACACGAUACCAGAACCAUCACUGCUCGACGUCUCACCAGGUAGAUUGUCGAAAUGGCAACUGAUCCAGCAGAGGGUUCAACACUUCUGGUCUCAGUGGUUUCGACACUACCUGCAGAGACUUCAAUCGAUCUCAAAGUGGCAUCAUCCAUCGAACGACAUCAAGACAGGCUCGUUGGUGCUGCUCACGAACGAGCAUCUUCUACCAAGCAAGUGGCCACUCGCAAGAGUGACCGAAGUUCACCCCGGCAAGGAUGCCCUCACCAGGGUUGCAACCGUGAAGACUGCAACCACGACUCUCAUCCGACCGAUCACCAAGCUUGUCAUCCUGCCUGUUCACCAUCAAGCUGAGCUCACCUCUGCAGAAACAUCAUCAACGAGUUGCUGA